AUACCGUCUUUUAUUGUGUGACAUGGUAACACUAUCUUAAUUUGAAGCCUUUUCUUAUGCUAGUGGUUUUGUAGCUCUUGUAGUUAGAGGCAAGAGGUGGGUUAUCAGAAAGUGAAAAAUAGUAGAUGAAGAAGAGAAUGAUGGAGGAGAAAGAAGAGAAUGAUAAGAAGCAAUCUUGUGGCAUGAAGGAAGAGUGCGUGAGGAAAGUAGGGUUUGGAAGGGGCGAAAGAGUGAAGAGAGACGAGUGGAGUGAAGGGGCGGUGUCAAGGCUCCUUGAGGCGUACGAGGCCAAAUGGGUGCUGAGAAACAGAGCCAAACUCAAGGGCCAUGACUGGGAGGACGUGGCCAGGCACGUGACGUCACGUGCCAACUGCACCAAGACAUCCACGCAGUGCAAGAAUAAGGUGGAGUCCAUGAAGAAGAGGUACAGAUCAGAAUCAGCAGCCGCAGAUCACGGUUCCUCUUCUUGGCCGUUCUAUUCAAGGCUUGAUCUUCUUCUCAGGGGAACUGCCCCCCCGCCGCCGCCGCCUCCGCCGCAGUCGCCGGUGGAGCCGUCACAACCGCCUCCGGCAGCUCCUUCACUUGCGAAUGCACAAAACUCGCAUGGAUCUUAUGGUUAUGGGGUUCAUGAUAAGCUGGCCAAGGAGGAUGGUUUAGCAACAAAGUCGAGUGAGCAUGUAUCUAGCAAGAAUCCAAUGGACACGGAUAGUAGCACGCCAGCACUUUACAACAAGGAGGAGCUGGGAGGUAACAAAAGGAAGAAGAAAAUAGUGGACAACAUGGGGCGAAGAAGGAAAGAGUGUGUGGAGAUAGCAGAAAGCUUACGAUGGCUAGCAGAAGCUAUGGUAAGGUCAGAACAAGCGAGAAUGGAGACAGUGAAGGAGAUAGAGAGGAUGAGAGUCGAAGCUGAGGCCAAACGAGGGGAAAUGGAUCUUAAGAGAACUGAAAUAAUUGCCAAUACACAGUUAGAGAUUGCUAGGAUCAUUGCUAGUGUCAACAACAAUAAAGGUGUUGAUUCUUCCUUGAGAAUUGGAACAAGUUAGGGUUGGUUGUUGAGGCUGCUUAAUAAAAUGUUGUUGUUGUAAGUGCACAUAAAGUUAGAGAAUAAUAUUAUUAAUAUAUUAAUUGGUAAUAUAAAAAAGCAAGUUUAGUUUUUAGAACAA